GAUCGACAAUGGGGCGCGAUGGUUGCCAGUACGGUCGGUAUCUCGUCUUCCUUAGCGCGUGCCUUCAACUGUUGCCAAUGGUUUGGACCGUGUCACGCUCCUCGUCCGUAACGCUCGAGUCACGUAUGCGAGAUGAUCCAGAUCUGUCCGAGUUUUACUCAUUAAUCGAGCGAGAUGAAAUCGCCAUGUCGAAGCUGGUCCACCAUUCGCUAACAAUCUUUGCACCGACCAAUCAAGCCUUCCAGCGGUAUCUGAACAACAAGACGCACCUCAACUAUCACAUGUCGUCCACUCCACUACGAUUAUCGCAGCUCGGUGACACGGUACGUUCGCUUAAUGACGACGGUACACCGCUCUACAUCACCCGGAAGCGGCCGCUGGCCGGCAUGCAGGAGGAUCUGUACGUCAACAGUGCGAAAAUUAUCCGUGAGCGUUCCAACAUGGAGUUUAAAAACACCCGCGGCUACACCCAGAUUCUCCACAUUAUAGAUGAUGUGCUGACGCCGAUAACGACGGUGUUUAACAAAACCCUCGAUACACCCAACCCGGAUGCAUUCGGUUUCCUGCAGAGCGUGGAGGCGAUCAACAUUGAGCCACAUCGGGUGAGAUCCUUCCGGAAGAAGAUACUGAACCUAAAGCGGGACCAAGUGUUUAAGAAACCGGGCAUCUCCACCUUCUUCAUACCGGUCGAGACGGGCUUUAAGGUACCACCGUAUCCCACUUUAAGCAUGGUGGACAAGCGAGUGAUUGAUGGGCACGUCAUACCAAACAAAGCGAUUUUUACCACACCUGCCCCGUACGGUCAACCGCUGGAGACGCUCCAGUUUGAGGAUGAUCUGCGGGUAACGAUAACCUUCUUCCGGCACGAUACCGGCAAGAAUGCGCGAGUGUUUGUGGUGUCCAACACGAUGUACUCCAACUCUCGACUCACUCCCGGCGCUGUAAUAGCGGAAAUUGUGAAGGCAAACAUCCCAGUAGCGAAUGGUGUUGUGCACUUAAUUCACCGACCAUUAGUCAUUGUCGAUAUGCAUAGUCUUGAGAUGCUUACGGAUAACAGUCACACACUGUGGUCCAAAUUUAGGGACCUGAUUGAGGAUUACGCACCAGAGUUCCUGGGGAUUUUGCGAACCAUGAACCAGAUGACGAUCUUCGUACCGCAGGAUGACGCAGUUUCACAGAUGAUGCAAACAAACUUCAUGAGCAAUCGGAAGAAACUGGUCGAGGUGCUUAUGAUGCACGUAGUCCCGGACGCUAUUACGAUCGAUAAAAUAAAGCGUAACAAUCAGAAUCACAUCUAUCAAAUACCAACGAUGAGCAGUCGGCGCUAUAUUUACUUCAACCUGAACGAAAACCGCACCUCACACGCCAAAAGUGUCACCGUCGAGGGUGGAGGUGUUAAUGCGUCCCUGAUACUGGGCGAUAUCGCUACGAAGGAUGGCUACAUUCACAUCAUCGACCGGAUGCUCGGCGUUUCGUACAUGACCGUACAGGAGAAGCUUGAAACCGAUCCGAUGUUGAAUCUCACUUAUCACUUUGGAAAGUUGAACCACUUUAACGAUCAGCUCAACAUGACAAACAAACGGUUUACCUUCUUCGUACCGCGCGACAAAGCCUGGAUACAGUGGUUUAUUGAGCAUCCGGCAGCCAACCUAGAUGAUUUUGUGCGGAACCGUGAACAGUCGCGGCUGGUACUGGAGCAACAUCUCAUCAUCGCUGACCGGGUGUUCAGUAUGGGCGAACUGCGGAAUAUGUCGCACGAUUCACUCUUCCUGACGACGCUCGGUCCCGAAAGCUUACAAAUUCGCGUCAAGGAGGAGGACAACAGGUACUUCAUCCAGUGGAAGGAAACUGGCCGUUGGACCACUGUCUUCCGUCCUGAUGUGGAAUGUACGAACGGGCUGAUACACGUCAUCGAUACACCGUUUGUGCACGAGUACGACAUGAUCACUAGCGGCGGUAAGGUGGUGCUUCCGCGCGGCACCGGACCACUGGCGCUGGUGGUGACAGUAUUAUCCCUGUACGCCACCUAUGGCACGUUCUGA